AUGGGCUGCCGGGUGGGAAUCUCGGAGGGAGGAGCGCACCGUAGAUCCUCACCUGCCCAACUACCUUGCCGGGACACCGAGAGGAAGGUACGUUCCAUUACUGUACCUCUCACUUCUCUAAGAAUACCACUGAAUCCUGACAGAGACACCCUACCUACCUACCUACUCCGUACAGAAAAGGACCAGAAACGAGGACGACAAGAAACAAGACACAGAAACGAGUAUCCAAUACUUCCCGCCCCCGGCGAACCGGCACGUCUCGUUAAAACAUCCCAUCUUUCUGAAUUGCCGUCUUACCCUGGUGUGUCCCGACUUACAUCGCGCGACGUGACGGCCACGGCGCACGCACAUCAUACAGCACUUGACAGCCAGACGACAAGCGAGUCGCUACCUUGCCUAGGGGAACAAGCCUGCCAUAGUUCGACGGCGGACGGGGUGGAGGGGCGGAGCAAGGCUCUCUUAGUCCUUAGCAAGGUACGACGUUACCAAAGACGAACUAGACAGAGGGAACCCGCGCGCCCGCUGGUCGAGUUGCGCGCCCGGGGCCAUGGCACCGCGGGCGUGCCCCCUCUACCCGUACGCGGUAUGCAGUACCUGGCACAGGUAGGCGGCCCAUCCUUAGAUGGAACCUUUCUAGAAAGACAGUGCUAA